ACAACGCCAUCCAUCGACCCGGUUCGAAGUGAGCGUCACCGAGGGCACGGAGGCUGACGGUGGGCCGCAGAGAGGACGCAUCCUGGGGAGAGGGCGGAGGAAAGCGUCGCUUUGGAUGGGGGGAAGAUAGGUCCUUAUGUUCCUUAGCACUCUACACUGAGAAGCGAGGGGUUGCUGGAGAGGAUAAUCCAGAGGCAGGAGGAAGGAAGACAGGAGGAGGGGGAGCGGAACUGCCAGCAUCAUCGGAGCUCCAUAUCUGAGGCUGGCCCACUGUAAAUCAAACAGACCAGCUCGGACGCUUGAUUGACCGUCGGGGUUGGACUGAGCCGAGAGAAGAUGUCGGGUCAGACGUUGACGGACCGCAUCGCCGCGGCGCAGUACACGCUCACCGGGUCUGAGGUGUGCAGGGCGGUGUGUAAAGCCACGACACACGAACAGACCCCCCCAAAGAAGAAGCACCUGGAAUAUCUGAUCCAGGCCACCCAGGAGACCAAUGUGAACGUGCCCCAGAUGGCUGACACACUGAUGGAGAGGGCCGGGAAUGCCAGCUGGGUGGUGGUGUUCAAAGCCCUCAUCGCCACACACCACCUCAUGGUCCACGGCAACGAGAAAUUUCUACAAUUCCUGGCAUCUAGAAACACACUUUUCAACCUCAGCAAUUUCCUGGACAAAACUGGUUCCCAUGGCUAUGACAUGUCCACAUUUAUCAGACGCUACAGUCGCUACCUGAACGAGAAAGCCUUCGCGUACCGACAGAUGUCUUUUGACUUUGGCAGAGUCAAGAAAGGGGCGGAUGGAGUAAUGAGGACCAUGCCAGUAGAAAAAUUACUACGAGGAAUGAACAUUUUGCAAGGCCAGAUUGAUGCUCUUCUGGACUUUGAUGUUCAGUCGAAGGACCUAAACCAUUGUGUGCUAAAUGCGUGCUUUCUACUCCUUUUUAAAGAUCUGAUUAAGUUGUAUGCUUGUUACAAUGAUGGUGUAAUAAACUUACUAGAAAAGUUUUUCCAGAUGAAGAGAAGCCAAUGUAAAGACGGUUUAGAAAUCUACAAGAGAUUUUUAACACGAAUGACUCGAGUUUCUGAGUUCUUCAAAAUUGCAGAGCAAGUCGGAAUAGACAAAAACGACAUACCUGAACUCACUCAGGCCCCAGAGAGUCUACUGGAGUCCCUCGAGACACACCUCAACACACUGGAGGGGAAGAAGCCAUCGCCCACCAAGCAGGAAGCAACAGCCAACAACAGUGCCCCAGUUGCAGCCGCUGCACCAGCCAAGCCUGCGCCUCCUGCUGCCGGUGGGCCCCCAGCACGUCCUGGGCCACCUGCCAAACCCCCUCCUCCUGCCAUUACCCCCACUGCUCCAGUCCCUGUCGCUAAAGCUAACAAUGCACUUGAUGAUGGUUUCUUGUUGGACCUGGACCCAAUGUCCACUUCGUUAACAGGAGGCGCAACAGCCUCCUCCCUCAUAACAAACUGGGGAGAUCUCCUAGCUGAUCCCGCUGCAGAGCCUGUAUCUGAGGCCAAAGUGGAGCCUCCUGCAGCAGUUGUCUCUGCUCCUGCUCCAGUCGCUAUAGCACCCCCUCCUGCUCCAGUCGCUAUAGCGCCUCCUCCUGCUCCAGUCGCUAUAGUGCCCCCUGCUGCUGCCCCUGCUGCGGCUGUUCCGGUGCCCACCUCACUGCCCGUCUCUGCUCCCACCACCACUGCCACAGACAUCGACCUUUUUGGAGAUGCCUUUGCACCUUCUCCAGGAGACGGUCCGGCUGCCGUGGCUGCGGGCCCUGCUGCUGAUGCGUUUGCUGGAUCUGACCCCUUCGCCACGACAGAAGGAUCAGCUAACAUGGCUCCGGAGCUGGACCUAUUUGCCAUGAGACCGGCCGAAUCAGACAGCACCACCUCCGCCUCUGUCCCAGCUACUGUCACUCCUCCUCCAUCCAGUGAGGCUCCGACCAUCGCUGCUCCCAUUGCUGCCCCUGCUGCCCCUGCCCCAUCCACAACCUCCACUACUACCACUACUACUACUACAACAACUGACAAAACUACCACAGAGUCCACAGCCGCUCCCAGUAUAGAUCUUUUUGGUGAUAUGUUUGAUUCAAUGCCUGAGCAAAGCCCUACCACAGAAUCCAAAGCUGCUACCACUCCUAGUGUAGACCUUUUUGGUGCAGACCUCCCUGCUGUUUCACGCGGGCCUUCUCCUUUGCCCGAACCUGUACCGGCUGGAGACAUCAUUACUGACACAUUUUCGACACCAGCACCCUCUUCGGCCCCAGCUCCUGCCCCGCCUGCAGCCGCCCCAGCUGAAGCCCCUGCCCCAGAGGCAACUACUCCUCCCAAAGCAGAGCCUGCCCCCGUCAUUGACCUACUUGACACCUUUGGCAGCCCAGUAGAUGAGUCCAAAACAUCUGCUCCCGGUGGAACUGGUGAAGAUCUAUUAGGAGGUCUGAUGUCCCCCACUCUGGCCCCUACAGUGGCCCCUCCCUUGGCCCCAGCUCCAGCUCUGGUCCCUGCUCCAGUUCAGAACGACCUCCUGGAGUCUGGCUUUGAUGCUUUGGGUUCUCUCCCCUCUCCCACUCCUCCUGUCCCUGCAGCCAUUUCAGCUGUGCCCCUUAUUCCAGGCUCUACAGCCACAGAACCUGCAGCUUCAACAAUAGCGCCAUCUGGUGGAUUUGAUGCAUCAAUGUUUGAUGGAUUAGGCGACUUGUUGAUGCCUGCCGUCACGCCACAGAGCACAGGAGGCAGCACCACUGGCAGUAUAGGAGGCAGUGUGGGGACUCCUGCCUCUGCUCCCCCGGCCGCCACCCCUCCCCUCACCAAAACUAUCUCAGAGGACCUGGACUCGUCAUUGGCCAAUCUGGUGGGAGAUCUUGGAGUCAAGAAAAGGGAUCCUAUGGGUGAGAAGAAGCUGACCGGAGGUGCUAAUUGGACUCCCCAAGUGGCUCCGCCCAUCUGGACUGCCCCAGGAGCCCCAUUGGCGCCUACAGCAGCUUCAGGAGCCCCAGGAACAGUGCCCUCUGGUGGAGCCAUGGUGCCUCCAAUGCAGCCAGGAUUUGGAAUGCCCUCUGCAGGAGCCCCCGGAGCUCCAAUGAUGCAGUCAAUGAUGGGACAGCCUUUGAUGGGACAGUCCAUGAUGGGGCAGCCCAUGAUGAGACCUACCUUUGCUGGAGCGCCUGGAGCGGCUGCACCAGGAGCACCGCUGUCCCCUGGACUUGCAAGUCAAAGUCCCAAGAAACCCAAGGACCCUCUGGCAGAACUCGAUCUCAAGGACUUCUUAUAACCUCCUGCUGACAUGUUUCUUGCCCAGGGCCCUCUCUUCACCAUUUGCCUGGUGUCUGUGAACAUCUCAGGACUCCAGUCACUGCUCCUCUGUCCCUCUGUCCGCCUUGGUAACUCUGCUCCACUGUCCUUUCUCCUGUGUGAUGUCGUAGCACAAACUGUGAAAGUGAACCAUAGCAGAUAUCUAUGAAAAUAUAUAAGUGAAAAAAAACAUGUGUGUGCUCUUGUAGAUGUUACUAAUCUUUUGUCAAAUCCACAAACUUUGGAGAAAAAAGUUUUAAAAAAAGGUUGAGAGAAAGUGAAGGCAAAUCUGUAUGUGUUUAAAGUUACUUCUAGAGCUGAGUUGAAUGAUGAAUGUGCUUUGGUGUCCCAUGCUCCACCCAUAACUGUUUCUGCUCCUGUCUCUUUGAAAAAGGGGCGGGUUUUUUCAUUGUCUCCCCACUCUGAUUGGAUGAGAGUGGUUAGAUUUUUGGUCAUGUGAUGUUUACAGAGAGGUCCUCAUUCAUGUACAUAGAUUUCCUGAUUCGAGGAUUAUUAUGUCUUUACUCUGUAUGUCUGUUGAAGAGAAUUAAAUAAUUGUGAAUCUGAAGACAAUGUAAGAAGUUGUGUGAGUAAUCUAUUUCCGUCUGCUAAAUUAUUGAUAUAGUGAAUAAAUGACAUCUAUGGGCUUCUUUAUUAUUAAAGACCAGCAAUUUCUGUUGUAUUUAUUUAAACUUGUGGCUUAUUUUUGUAAGUUUUGUCUUUUAUGUCUUAUUUUGUUUUGUUCUUUGUACAAUGGUCCUCAGUCAGCUGCUGAUUUGUGGUUUUGCAAUUUGGAAACAUAUCUCCAAUAAUAAAAUGUCUACUGACAUUUUACGAUGAAAUAAAUCAACAUUGAUCAUGUUUGCUUGGAACCUCAAUACAAUACAACACAAAUUUCAUAGAAUAUACAAGGCAGUUUCUUGUUUACGCCAAACUCAACUGGACUAUAAUAAGGUAUUUUUUCUCUAAUAAAAAAUGCCUUUUAGUCCAGAAUUAUGAGAAUGCAAAUAAAUUUGAAAGAUGUUGUAUGGACAAUGCAAAGAAUGAACAAUGAAUUGGUGCCUGAAAUAAUAAUAAUACAGUUAGUAAUGUUAUAUACUUUUGUUCUGUUGAAUCUCAGUGGCCCAUGUUGUUAAGGUGGACUGGUCUUGACCAGUGACAUCACAGUCUUUGUGUUACCAAAAGUGUGUUCAGUGCUUGGUUGUGAGAAUCUGAUGUUACUUGGAGAAAGUUGUGGGAAAUUAUACACAUUUUACAAAAGCUAAAAUUGUAUUUUUCUUCAGUUGUAAAGUUAUUUUCAUUACAAUGGCCCAAACCCCAGUGCAUGUAAGCCCUAUGAGAUGCAAUAAAUUUAAUG